CGGCGACGACGACGACGACAGCAACAAGGACGACAAGACCAACAUCAACACCAACAACACCAACAACACCAACAGCAUCAAAGAAGACGGCGACAAGCUGGUCCCUGUAAAGAAAAAAGCAGUCUCUUGGCCUUGCGGACUGCAUCUUCUGCUCUACUCAUUGUCAUCCUGCGCCCUCUCGCUGCGCACUGUUGUGCACAUCGUCUGUGCUGUCGAGGUGCUGGUGCGGGAUUGAAAAGGCCUGCCAUGCCGUCUCACUGUCAUUCGCGUUGAUUUUGCUUGCUCAUUCACCCGAGUACGACCUGAGUGGGAUAUCCACGUUACUCGCCGUUCUAAGAAGCUUGAUGCGAAUCGACUUUCUCAACUUCGCUCCCAACUUGUCACGUCCGCUCACCCACUUGGCGUAUGUCCAACAGAAGCAAGCAGGCAAGCAGGUAAGCAAAGUGGACGUCGUGUGCCUCUGACGCUCUUUACGCGUCUCGCAUCUGCUGUGGAGACAAGUCCAUGGCCGUGUCGCAAAUCGAAGAGAAGAUCCUGGGUCGACUCGCCAAACUAACCGAAUACGCGAAUCCGUCCCUUUCUGCGUCGCUAUACCAGGUCUUAGGCCUUUCUAUCUUGCUCUCUCGCAAGCUUUAUAGAGCCCGAAAGCUUCGGAAGCUUGAUCUCACCAGAGAUACGCCUUCCCUGAACCUCUACCACCACAUCAUUUGGCUCGCUAGAGAAGGCUUGUCCCUCACCGAAGUCUACAUAUUGCCUUAUUGUCAGCAUGGCCAGCACGGGUCCGAGUGUCGAGUCAUGGCGGCAAAGUUGCGAGCCUCGCUCUAUCAUGUCUUUUGCCUCUUCCACAACCACCCGCCUGUGAGUCAGCUCAGUGGCCGCUCCGCAUCGUCAGCGAGUCCACCGUCGAGCUCGAAGGACCUGAAAACCAUGGACGUUACUGGACUUUCGCCAUCCAAAGCCUCAUCGAACGACGUGCCAAGCAGGCGGCGAGCGGGCAAGGCACCACUUCGCGACCCAGUGUCUUCCAUACAGUCCGACGCCUCCUUUGUUACCAACCCCUACUCGGGCACGGCGGCCCCAACACCACCUCCUGGACUGGCUGUCCUGCCCGCCGAGGGAGCUCGUCGCACACCGUCGCGACCCCCUGGGCUGCCACUGAUCAACAUACCGGCAGCACAAUCGGCAGUGGCAUUUCUUCUGCCACCCCUGAACUUUGUACCUCUGGCAAAAGAGUACUUCGAGCUGGCACAAGAUCUCUGCCACAGCCUUCUGCCAGCGACACAUCCAUUGCGUUUGUGUGUUUCACUGGAGCAUGCAGCAUUCUUGUGGGAUUGCGCGCACGAGCACGAGCGUUCACGAAGCCUGGCUCGAAGAACCAUCAAGGACGUAUACCGCUCUUCGGAAGCCCUGGAUGACGACGAGUUUGCAGAUGCAUCGGUAAUGGUCCAAGCGCUUGGAGGAAUGGUCAAGCGAGGAUCUCGUGACGCAACACUACAGCAAAGCAAUAAACUUCCUCCGCCACAAGUCACACCCAAAGUCAGAGCUCCUUUGCUCAUAGACCGCGCGAUAGCAGUGAGUCCACAGCGCGCUCGCGCACAACAAACCCAACAGCAGCGGCUACCAACCAAGCAACAAGUUUCGCGCUCAGUGACCACGCCCGACCGCCUGUCCACGGUGCCUGAAGUUGACGUUGACGGAUCGGAAGCAGCACAGCCUUCGACAAAGGGUGCUCUCAGUCCAACCAUCUCCAGGUUGAGCAGCCGCAGUCGUCCUGGUCGGGCUUCCUCUGUGACAUCAGCAGUGUCGGACAAAGCGAGCAAGCGGAAAUUAGUUGAGCAGGCAGAAGAGCAGGCUCGUCGGCGACAGCGCAGUGCAAGCAAUGCUAGCCAUACCAGUGGCACUCGUAGAGGCAGUAAUGUUGCCGAUGGUAGUACGGGAAGCGGCUCAGGAGACUCACAACGAGCGCACAGUCGACAGCCUACACCGACUGAAGGGUACGUCAGACACGUCCAGCCAGAUAUCCUCAAAAAGCAGAAACAGAAACGAAGUGCGCGCGAAGCAAGUGCCGAUCAGUCCAGCUUGAAGAAGAAGAGCAAUCGUGGUAACAAUGCAUCAUCGAACUAGGUACUCUAUACGAGCAUCGGCAUCCACACCAUGCACUUCCCCCCCGCCGUCUUCGCCUUCGUUGCCAUCGCCGCCACCACUACCGAAAAAUUACCUACGAGCGCUCGAAGAAGAGAUUCCUGCCGUUCACGAUGAGAGGAGAGAGGCCAUUCUGAGAACAUUGCAGAUCCUGUCUGCUGUGGAGCGAGGACUGUACGUGCCACCUCACGUUGAUGUGAUGAGCCAUGCGACGAGAGCAUGAAGCGUCAUCAUUUGAAUUUGACACAGCAUGGCGCUCAUUAUGAUACCCCGCAUGGCGCUUGUUUAUUGUUGUACAUAUUGGACUGUCCACAGUCGCCCGAAAACGUC